GUCAUUACUGUCAUUUCGCUUAACAGAUUCGGUUCGAUAUUACUGAUCGUCCGUCAUCAAAUAUUUUUCCUUUUAUUUUUAAAAUUUCCUUCACAUCAUCUCAAAAUAAAAAGUGUAAAAUCAAUUUGAAUUUAUUAAAUAAAGAAUUUCCAUGGCACUAGCAUAAAUUUCCAUCUAAUCAUAAUAACCAAGCAAACGAUUUUACAGUAUCAAACAAAAUACAAGUUUUAGUUUCGGCAAAAAGAAAAGUUCCUCCAACCAGAACCGUGACAAAAGAAAACACCUUUCCAAUAAUUUAAAAAAAAUAUAAACUAAUCCAACUUAUUACCUUUAUACAAAUUAAAAACAAAAUCUACAAAUUCCAAUUGAAUUUUAUUUUUUUGUAAAGUUUGUGAUAAAUCGUUGCAACUUAAAACCACGCAAACAUGUCAUCAAAUCUCCGGCAAAUCCCAUUGACCUGCAGCGGCCAUACCCGUCCAGUUGUUCACUUGGAUUUCAGCGAUGUCUGCGACAGUGGAUAUUUUUUAAUAUCAGCAUGUAAAGAUGGAAGUCCUAUGCUUCGGCAAGGUGAUACCGGAGAUUGGAUUGGUACAUUCGAAGGCCAUAAGGGGGCCGUCUGGGGUGUUGCUCUAAACAAAAGCGCAACCCUAGCUGCAUCUGGUGCAGCCGAUUUUACCGGAAAAGUAUGGAAUGCCGUAACUGGCGGCGAAAUUCAUAGUUUCCAACACAAACAUAUUGUCAAGACGGUUGCAUUCGAUCAGACGUCCGAAAACAUUGUCACCGGCAGUAAUGAGAAACUAGUACGAGUCUUUAGUUUACAAAGUCCCACCGCCGAUGCUGAAUUAUAUACUGGUCAUACGGGGGCUGUUAAAAGAGCAUUGUUUUGCCGUGAUGACAAGUGCAUUAUAAGUGCGGCCGAAGAUAAGACUGUUAGGCUCUGGGAUCGUUUGACUGGCAAUGAAGUGCAGCGUUUGAAUUUCCCAAAUAAUCCCAAUAGUUUGGAAAUCUCAUCGGAUAAUCAUAUUCUAACAGUAACACAUGGAUCUAGCAUUAGUUUUUGGGAAGUUGAUACCCUUAAGAAGCUUAAGGAAGUCAAAAUGCCCACUAAUGUUGCUUCGGCUAGCUUGCAUCCCGAUAAGCAUGUCUUUGUGUGUGGCGGUGAAGACUUUAAAAUGUACAAAUUUGAUUACAUAACAGGAAAUGAAAUAGAAUCUUUUAAGGGUCAUUUUGGGCCGGUGCACUCAGUGAAAUUUAGUCCUGACGGAGAGUUGUAUGCAAGCGGUUCUGAGGACGGUACAUUAAGAUUAUGGCAAACGACUGUUGGCAAGACAUACGGCCUCUGGAAGUGCACGGAACCUGGUGAAUUGAACAAUUCUCUAAAUUCUCCACGCGAAGUUCAUGCCAAUUAAAUAUUUUAUUGGUUUUUAAUAUUUAAAAAAAAUGCUGAUCGUGCAAAUGGCCACAAAGAACUUCAAUUUUUCUCGAUACAACAAAAACAUAUAAUGCAAAAAGAAAAGAAAAAAUACAAACAAAACAAAACAUCAUCGUUAACAUUUAUAUUAUUUUGUUCGUUUUAUCAUUAAUUCAUCAUAAAUAUUAUUAUUUUUUUUUUACAAAACAAUAUUUUUUAUUUUUGUUUAAAUUGUGUUGAUUUAUUCAAUUCAGUUUUGCGAGUAGCUGCCACAUUUUUCAAUUUUUAAAUUGUGACUUUUAAGAAUAAAAAAGAAAUAAUUAAGGAAUUUAUAAAAAAA